CUCUCUCUCUCUUUCAGUGUGCAAGUGAGCGUGUACUAGCUGUGUUAAUAUAUAUCAAGGUUUGAAUAGAAGUAGGACAAGUGGUUGAGAUGUAGUAUAUUUACUUUUUAACUAGUUACUGAGACUCCUGGUUGUCUCUACAUAUGUUUUAAGCAGUAUACUAGUAGUAUUUCAAUGACUCUGUCUAUUAAAAUGUAGAACACUUGUAUUUUUUUUAUAACAAUUUACCAGGUUUUUCAUUAAGUAUAGAUUCUAAGAACUUGUUUUUUGUUCAGUUUAAUAGUACCAGCAUGUGCUGCUUGGGCUUAGGCGCCAUUCUAAACUUAGAGUCUAAACCCUAUACUCAGGUUACAAAUCUACCCCGUUCUUUUCACCACACAUUGAGCCAGUAACCCAAAGAAACACAGCUAACGCCACCAUCUCAGACGGAUAGGGCAGUUUAACCUCUUUAUAUCACAUUUAACAGACAAUGUGCUGCCAAGCUACAACAGUUCAAGCUACUUUUAAAACAUUGUAUGCAUAGUUGUAAGCACUGACAUGUGCACAAAUAAAUUUGUGUUUGGGCUAACUUGUAAUUGGUAACUUGUGUUGUUAUAACAAGUUAGCCCAAACACAAAUUUUGACCUGCGGAUAAACAAACAUUCACAACAAGAAAAUGCAUUCAACUGUAUUUAAUCUUUUAUUUUAAGAGAUCAUAAUAAGAAAAGAUAUCAGAUAAAUAUAUAAAAGAAAUGUCCUCAAGUAGUAAAGUCAAUGUAUUAUUCACACACUGGGUAUUCCCACAGCAAAACACUUGACUGUAGUGUUGAAGACUCAGAGAGAUGCUGUAUAAGAGUUAUGUUGAAAAAUGCCUCCUGGCUGUUUAAAGCUGCUCACAAGAUCUCCACAGAUUCAAUUAGAAUCUGACUGGGUUCUCUCUUUACAAAACAUUAAGAUGAGCAAGAUUAUUCUGUAUAGAUAAAUACCCUCUUUGUUAAGCCCCAAGACAGAGACAGUAAUGGUGACAGUGAAACACAUUUAAUGUAGUUUAAACAAUCAGACAGCACAUUAAAAAAAGAUUCAUCAGUGAGAUUUGAGAACGCGAUAUAAUGCAAGGAUAUAGCAGAGGUUACAUUCUAAAAGACUGAUUCUUUGCAUUCUUACUGAAAACUGAUUCUUACUGAAAACUCAGUAUUGCUCAGUUAACACAAUUGCCCUACAAAUCAGUUUCCAACCGGGAGACCAGCAAACUUCUAAGAGAGCAGUGAAAGGAGCAUAAAAUGGUAAACUGAUUAUUCUUCCUCUCAACAUCUGAUGAUGUAAAACGUUUGCCAAAUUCAGAGAUUAUUCUUCAUUCUUGCUUUAAAAAGCUUACAGAGUAGAUGAACAGACCAGGCAGCAAGUUUGUCCUAAAGAAUGUCUUAAUUUUCUAGGAUAAUAAACAAGUUUGGUACAUAUUUAUUUAUUUGAUUCUAUUAAAUGAGCAAUACAUUAAAAUCAUUAUGAGCGAGUAGUAUUUACUCCUCAUUACAUUCAGUCUAUCUUUGCACUGAUAGAAACCUUAACCUUAAGAGUGGUGCAAUUUUCUGAGAGCCAGACAUGUUAGAAUGGCCAACCUCGAGCUAUCCCCCCUAAUAUUAUGUCUAGUACAAAAGUGAAAUUUAGUUCCAGCAAAUAAAAACAAUGCUUACUUGCUAUAAGCAAUGGCCUUUAAUUCAGUGGGCCUUUUGUCCCCGGAUGCCAGCGAUGUGAGAAUGCUGCUGCUCACUUUCCACAAGAACCCCUGGCACAGAGAGGCACUGACCAGCCCACACAAACAUGCCAGCAGUGCUUCAGCGUGCUUCACUCAUCUGCCGAGUGGACGCAGAGAGGAAAGGGGAGAGUACAGAAUAGAUGGAAGUUAGAAAUGAGCAGUAGAGAGAGUGCGGUUUAUGCAGGAGACGAAAAUGGAAAGGAAGAGAGAGGGAGAGGAGUGACUCCAUCGAUAAGUGGAUCUAUCGUCAAGCGGGGCAGUACUGAACCUGAGAUUGAAGCUGGCCGUGUACGUCAUGGCAUGCUGCUGCUGCUGCUGUCCGAUUCCGUGCCUCAGAAACUGCUUCUUGUUUUCAGCGAUAUCACCCGCUGAGUUUGAUGCCUUAUGGAAUGACCCUCCAUACGCUUUAGCAGCCGUCAGUGAGCUCUUUUCGCCCAAUGACGCCAUGACAGCUGAUGAGGAAGCAGAGGCUGAGGCCGAGGUGGAGGCAGAAGGCAUAAGCAGAGAGAUUUACUGGAGGAGGAAGGAAACAUUCAGCGGAAGCAGCACAGUAUCUUCAGCAGGAGAACGCUUCUCUCCAGAUGUCAUUUUGUUGUUUAGCGGUAAGCGACGAUCUGGUGUAACACCUGACGGUGAGCUUCAGGAGGCAUUACGAACCAGACUCCGAGUAGUUGAAAGCAACAGCCAGGAUGUUGUGCAACUCUUCAAGGAUCUGUCUGCAAGACUAGUGUCUGUUCAUGCUGAGAAAGACAGCUUUGUCAUCACCUUUAAGACUGUCGAGGAAAUUUGGAAGUUCUCUACCUACCUGGCACUCGGAUAUGUAGCAAGAUGUCUUGAGAACUUUCUCUGUGACCAGUCAUUCUGGCUGGACCCUGCAUUGCUAAGUGAUGUGGAGAUCUGUGUAACAGUGGAUGAAGACCACUUGGCUACACUCUAUUUAGGACUCCUGCUACAGGAAGGUGCAUUCUUUGCCAAGACUUUAUACAACAGUGAUUGCAAAGAGGAGGAAGAAGAGCUGACCUACAAGAGGAAUGACCUGGUGAUGGUUAAAGACAUAGGACAAGAGGCUGUAUGGGAGGGUACACUGUUGUCUACGGGCCAACAUGGUCUAGUGCCUGUGCAUGAUAUGCAGCCUCUGCCUUAUCCAUUUUAUCAGUGGUUCCUUAAGAAAUAUCCUGGAAAUGCCGGAGGGAUUCCAGUUACAGAAGGCCUCUUCAAUCAUCCUGCUGUGGUGGGGACUUGUGUAGCAGUGGUGGACCAUUACCCAGUGGUUAAAGAUGAGUUGCACUUAUGCAAGGGAGACAUAAUUAAGAUUGAGGGAUUUCUUUUCAAUACUCUGAACAUGUUCAUAGGAAGACACCUCACCAGUGGAGAGAUAGGAUUUGUUCACAAGGCCAGUGUAAAACCUCAGAGUAUUGAGCCUCUUGAUGGACAAUUGGUCUUUCUCAGUGAGGAGGAAAGGGCGGCCCUGUCUAAACUUAACCCCUGCUUUGAGCCCAGCCAGUCUGAUGUACUUGAAAAUCUCUUCUCCACAGACAUAAGCACUGUGUAUAGACUGGAUAGACUUGAUGACUCUGAUUUCACUUACAUAAGAAAUCAUCCAAAGUCAGAGCAGAAAUCUUCAGUGGAUCAAAGAAAAAGCACCAUAUCUGAGAAAAGUGAUGCAACUCCCUACCACUCGUCCCCACGGCAGUCAUUCUGUGCUUCUCGGAAUAAUCUGGACCGGGACUCUGAGGUCUUCUCCUUCAGCCUGGAGGACACCUUUAGAGAAAUGGAUGAAUAUGAGGAAGACCCUCCAAAUUUCAUGGAUGAGGGUAUCUGGGAGGCUGAUGAAGCCGAAAGAUGUGACCCAAUCUUGACCCUUCUAAAUUUGGAAUAUUUCCAGGACACAUUUCAAACUCUUUACGACCUCUCCUACUCUUUCCUGGACACUUUCUUCCAUGGCCUUCCAGAGGAAGAGGUGCUUCAACAUUUGGAAAACUUGCGAGAAGGAGCUAAGAAAGGCAGGAUGCUCUGGGCCCACCGGCGAGCCUGCUUCCUUCUUGGUCGGCUAUGUGCCAAGAAAUUGAAGUACUCACAAGCACGAGUGUACUUUGAGGAGGCUCUAAAGGUCCCUGUAAAUGGUUUUGAUGACAAACCUCUUUUGAUUGCCCUGUAUUCCAAUCUCACUGCUGUUUACCUCAAACAGAAGAUGAUGGACAAGCUACCAUUAACCCUAGAUAAGGCAAGUGCUCUAAUUACGUGCCUUCCUUGUCACAACUUCUGUUCUGUGGAUGAGUUUGAGCUGCUCAAACCAAUCAUGCGCAAAGCCAUAAUUGAAAAAGACAAGUACCUAGAAGCACGGACGUGCUACCUCUCUCUCUGUCUCUUUCUCCGUCUGAGAAAAAUAGAGGAUGCAUUACCUUUUGUAGAGAGACUUCAGUUCCUUACCAUAACUAUGUCUGCGGAAGAAGGGAGGCCAGUUGCCCCUGUUGAUCUCAACUGGAUGUUGUGCAGGCUUUAUCAUAAAAAGUAUUUGCCCUACCUCACGCUAGCUUCUUUAAGUUUAGACUCAGGGCAAGAGCAUUCCUUGGAUGAUGCAUUCCAGAAAAUUGAACUCUUUAUCAAAAACUCAGUUAGGCUUAAUCCUCACUGGAAGGAAAGUACUUCAGUGCUUCCGGCACAGGUGGUGGUCUACCUUCAACAGGCCUUGUCAAUAGCUAGUCAAGGGGAAGACUUUAAGACUCAGAGGGACCUGUGCCUAUGCCUGGCUAGUGUUUACCAGCAGCAUGGAGCUUUAGAGAAGGCCGUGCCCUUUGCCCAACAAGCAGCACAGACUGGAAGUCAAAUUAAUGAAGAGGAGGGCUUUGAGGCAUCUGUACUGCUGGCCUGGCUAUUGGUGCUAACGGAGGAACCCAUGCAAGCUCAGAAUACUCUGCAACCUAUGCUUAAGUCUUUGGAUAAAACAGACAGUCCAACACAGCGUGGUGUAGUGUACAACCUCCUAGCCUUAUGCCUCCGGAAACAGGGCAGAGUCCAGGAGGCAACAAGAAACUUUUAUUGCGCUCUGCAGAUCUCCAGAGAGAAUGGAAACAAGCGUAAUGAAGCACUAGCAUUGGCUAACUUGGGCUGCUUGUCUCUAUCUGUUGGGGCUUCGGGCCUAGCAGAGUGUUUUUUGCUCAAUUCCCUGCACCUAUUCCAGUUUCUCUCAGAGAGCCCAGCAGAUCAGGAGCAUGUCCAGGCUUUGCUUUGGCUUGGCAGGAGCUACAAGGAUAGGGGAGGGAGUCAGGAAGUCAGAAUAUGCUUUGAAAUGGGCCUCCUUAUUGCUAUUAGUGCCAACAAUCUGCAUAGUCAAAUGGCUGUGGCAAAAGUUCUAAGUCAGCAUUACGCUGACUUGCUGCUGUAUGGACAGUGUAUUGUUUACUAUGAGCACUGCGUAGGGCUGUGCAGAAUGCUAAAGAAUAAACAGCUGGAAGGAGAGUACCUGGAACUUCUCAGCAACCUCUAUCUCUCACUCAACACUGAGAAGUCAUCAAGGAAGUCUCUUGAUUAUUCAAAGCAAAGUUUAAGGAUCUCCAUAGACUUGGGGAAAAAACAGGAAGAGUCUGAGACAUGGCUUCAAGUGGGCCGUAUCUACUAUCUUAUCCAUGAAGAUGAACUGGCUGACAUGUACCUACAGGCUGCAGUAAAGACAGCCCUGAGGAUGAAUGACCCAUGCUUUGCUAUGAGUAUUUAUGAGGAAGCAGGAGAUGUGUUCUUCAAAGGACACAGAAAUCAACUGGCUGCACUACCAUUUUACAGGGAUGGGAGUUUGCCAUUUGCACGCAGCAUAAAGGAUGUACACUCAGAGUUCAGACUACUGAGCAAACUCACAGAGCUCCUGAUGAAGCAGAAGCAGUACGAAGAGGCACUGCAAUACGCCACACUCGCUGUGCAGGUCAGCGCCACAACUGGUGUUCCUCUGAAUGAAAGAGCAUCCUUCCACCGUCUUGCAUCAGUGUACUUCUCUUUAGGGAAGUAUGAGAUGGCCGAGAACUAUUACCUGAAGUCUCUUUCGCUCUGCCCCAGUGCACUUGAACAUGCCAUUGAAAUUCGGUACUAUGUUAAAGUGUACUGCAGACUGGCUGAUCUGACCCUAUACAGAUUAAAGGAUGCGUUCGAUGCCAUGGGCUACUUCCACUUAGCCCUGGCGUCAGCUCUGGAAGACAAAGAGAGCCUAAGCACACUGUACAUAAUCUACAUGAAGCUUGCAGAGAUCCAUGCCAACUACAUACCCGAUGCCGACCUGAGUAAAAGCUACAUGGAAAGAGCGCAGAGUUUAAGGAAGGAACUAGCAGGAUACACAGACUCCAGUGACACAGAAGAAGCACACCAUCAGGACCCAGCUGAGGCAGAACCUGACACUCACACCAAAGACCAGUCAGACUCCAGCAGUGGCACUAGUACUCUAACCGAGUCCAGCAUGACCAACAGCAGCCUCACAAUCAAUGCAGAGUCUGAGCACAUACUCUCUAACGGAGCCCAGAAAGCUGACCCGAAUACUAACGCAUCUGAGGAAACGGACGCAGGGCCUCCUGAACAAACCGAUCCAGAGACUAGCAGUCUGAAGGAAGCUUGAUCGUUGUAUUGUGAAUCAGACCCAAAUUUACUUAUUUUAAGACCAGCGAUAAGACUUUUUCUUUUCCUUUUGUCAAAUGUUUUGUCAAAAUUCUAUAAUAUAUUUUCUAUUAGAGUUCCAAAGUGAAUUUAAAGAUACUGCAUAAUUGUAAAUGAAUUUUUAUAUUUGUAAAUAUGAUUGUUUUUUGUUUGUUUGUUUGUUCCUUUUUUUUUUUUUUUUUUUUUAUCUGUCUACCCUCCCUAAGGGCUCUUAAAACGUUUACUUAAUUAAAACUUAAGAAAUUCUGUUAACAUCCAUGGCCAAAAUACUGAUUCUAUGGCAUGUGCAUGAUCACAAAAAGUUUUAAUCUUACCUCGAACGGACUUGCUUGAUUAUCAGUUAGGCCCACAGCCUGUAUGUAUUUAUGUAUGCAUUUUAAUGAAGUCAGAGUUAUCUUGGCACUUGAAACAAACUUCUUAAACGUCAAACCUAACCAUUAAACAUCAUCUUAACUUUAAACACAGACGGCCUCUCCGGAUAGGCCUCAUUCAUUCGUACACUCAUUCAUUAACCACUUAUAGAUCGUAAGCCUGAAAUGCCCAUAAAAGAGUUUUCAUGAAGAGCUUAUACAUGAGUCAGAAAGAUAUGUACUGUAUGGUUACGCAUCUUUUGACUCUAUCGGUUGUAUCGUCUUAAAACUCAGCUGUUGAAGCGUACACUCAAUAAAUAAUUGUGUUGUACUAGCAUUAUCCUCCACUAGAGGGAAACAUUGGCUAUGUAAUUCAUUGCACUUCCGUGAUUAGGCUGACAAAAAGCUGGAUUUUAUUGAUUAAAGUAACGUCCUUAAUUUGAAUAUAUUAAAAUGUGACGUUCUUUUGAAAUAUUUUCUCUGGAUACAUGUCUAAAUCGAUCAUCAUUUAGUAAUGUUGUUAAUGACAUAGAUGAUUAUAAUAAACCUUUCUUCUGAACGCGGAAGUUCCACGUGAUUCAAACCGGAAGUCAGCUUCAUCGUGAGUGAGUGUUAUAAUUAAUUAACUUUAAUUUUUUUUAUUGACUUUGUUUUCUUAAGAGGCAUCUCUCUCUCUCUCUCUCUCUCUCUCUCUCUCUCUCUCUCUCUCUCUCUCUCUCUCUCUCUCUCUCUCUCUCUCUCUCUCUCUCUCGAACAAAGAAUAUCACAGGCCCUCUUACCCUGCUGUGUUAAAGCUUCUUUUUUAUUUUAAUAUGAAUUUUAAUAUUUAAACUGUCUUUUCACUGCAUGUGUUAUUUCUGAUGCUGUACUGAUAUGGUUUUACAGUAGUGUUAAUUAUUAUUGUGUGCACAUCUUGGGAAAAAUAUGGUCUUUUAAGCCUUUUAUGCGUUACAUAUUCAAAUGAAAGUCCUAAUGAUGAUUUUUGGCAUUCAAAAGAUACACAACUGUCAUUUAUAAAAUGUCAUUUUAAAGGACCUGACACUUCACUGUACUUAAUCAUUUAAGCUUCAUUGGUCCUAAAUUGCACUGAAACCUAAUUACCUUAGAAAUUAUUUAUCCAAGGGACAUUCGUAAAGUUACAAAUGAAACAUCCCAUUUUGCCUCAUUUAAUUAAAGCCAUCCUUUUCAGUAUAUCUCAUAAUGAGUACGUGGCUAACUCACCCUGGUAAAUAUCAUGUUUUCAUAAUUUUAGCCAACAAAUAAUGUAUUCCAGGCACAGAGAGAGGGCUAAAAGCUUUCUGAAGGGACUUGGUUAAAAAGUGCUUUUCAUCAGGCUUCAAAUUAAUAGGAACAUUAAGUUCUUAAUGAAUUUCUGCGCUUUCUGCCACUGUAAUGCAGUGUAAGGUCCAACUCCCACACCAUCCGAGCUUUGAAACCAGAAUGCAGGUCGUUCGUUCUCAAACACCUCCAAUUAUCAGCACUCACUGCGCUAUAUGAAAACUUUCUCUCAGUAAUUGUUUUAGUGGAUGGGAGUCAUUUCGACCUGGCACAUACAACAUGCAGAGUGAAUUGGAUACCCAGCUGAGUAAAAGGCUGAAUUGCAACCAAGCUAGUGCUGUGUACCGGCUCCAAGUGCCUGCAUCAAUCAUGCAUACUGCAGCUGAAUAUUCACUAUUCACGAAAUUAUGUGAAAAAAGACUUUAUGCUACAUUUUAUUACUUUUUUUUACAUUAUGCAUAUCAAGAUUUGCAUGUGAAAUAUAAUUUGUCUCAUGAUCCUUUAGAAGUCAUUCUAAUAUGCCUUUUCUGUGCUUUGUUAUUAGUGAUACACAGUUAUGGUUCUGAUUGUUGAAAAUUGUUUUGCUGCUUAGUAUUUGUCUGUAAAAACUUAUAUUUGGUGUAAAGUAUUAUCCGUUGUUACUUUCUUUUUUUACUGUAUUUUGGAUUAAAUAAUUGCAGCUUUGGUGA